AUGGUCCAUCUCCUCGCCCUCCUCGCCCUCUCUGGUCUCGUCCUCGAAAGCCGCUCUCAUCCGGUCGACUGGUUGCGCAAAUUCUCGACCAGCGGAAGAGAGGAGAAUGGCUGGCUCUGGGGCUGGGCGUGGGCCGCUGACGGCACCGUCUCAAUCGUCGACAGAUCGCCUCCAGUGACCUUCCCUGCGCGGCCGGCCUCCUUCGGCGCUGAGCUGGGCGAUCCUCUUCUGGGAUACGUGCUCCCGCUCACUGCCUUUACCGUCCCUUGCGACGAUUUAAACUCAAACCUCACUUCUCACCAUCGCGCUGAUCCCGCCCUUGGUUGUCCGCAACUUUGUGUUCGCGGGCCUCACGAGCCCGAUCCGAGUGAAUCGUGGAUCGCCCUCGUACAGAGGGGAGGUUGUCCGUUUGUCGAGAAGGCCCGGCAAGCACAGCAGCUCGGUGCGCGAGCUGUAGUAGUGGGCGGCGACAGAGACAGCCCGGAUGCGCUGCUGAACAUGUACAGCGAACGCGACUCGUCUGACGUCGUUAUUGCUGCUACCUUCAUCCGUUAUUGGGACUAUGUCGAGCUGCUAUCCAUGAUCUCCGCAUCUAACACGACGCAUUCCGGCAUGAAAACGCUGUCCCUCCUUCUCAGCACGGAGUAUUCAGCAUGGGAAUGGUACUCGCCUAUCAUCACCUUCAUCGUCAUUCUGCUGCUCCCCUCCAUCCUGACGUUCGUCACCUUGCUCGUGCACCGUUAUCGCAUGUCUCGCCAAGCUCAGCGCGAUCGUGCACCCGAAGAGGUCGUCCAUAGCCUCCCUUGGCGAGUCUGGACGGGGACGGGUUGGGAGAAGCAUGAGGCAGCGUUUCCUCGGCCAGACCCCCAGCACGACCCCGCAGCUCCGGAACCAGACGUCGAACAGGGCGUGAACAACCCUACUCCCUACCCCUCUACCUCACACGAUGUCGAUCUCCCCGAGUGGGUCGAGCAGCAAAUGGAAUGUGCCAUCUGCCUCGAGAUGUUUGCGAAAGGUGAUCGGGUGAGAGUGCUACCCUGUCAUCACAUGUUCCAUAUGGACGAGGUGGAUGAGUGGCUUAUCCAUAAGAAGAAACUCGUGUGUAGCGUUGUUGUCUUGCAUAUGCGCCGCCUACUCACCAUUUGCGCUAUCAGUGCCCCGUCUGCAAGAUGGACGUAA